AUGAUUUUUGCCUCUAAUGGUCUCGUCUUCGUUUCCGGAACCAUCCUGCAAUCACUGGGCGUUGGGUACUCGCCUGCUGUCCAAGCAUUCGCGCUCGACGUUUACAGCAGAAGAGGUGGAAAGGUCGAAGCUGGAAGGCUUUUUGGCGCCAUGUGUGUUGUACAAGCUCUAAGUUCCCAGAUCCUGGGCCCCGCAUUAUUUGGCUUUCUGUAUUAUAAGAUUGUUGCGACCUUCCCUGGUGCAAUUUUUGUUUUGAGUGUGGUGCUGUUGAUAAUUUCUCUCGUCCUGCUCGCACUAGUGCACUCAACUACGAGCAAGGAUGAUGCUGAAAGUACGAUAUUGAACGACGAGACUCGAGUUCCAGCGAUCCGUGUUGAGAUAACUCGGGAGGAUGCUCUUGUUGACAGUGAUGAGAACGAAGAGACGAGAGGACGUAGUCAACAUAGAUAA